CUCAGAGCAGAGAUGGCGCAGAAAGGUGUUGAAUUGGAUCGAGAAACCUUUUCUUGUUCCAUCUGUCUAGAUUUACUGAAGGAUCCGGUGACUAUUCCCUGUGGACACAGCUACUGCAUGAACUGUAUUAAAAGACACUUUGAUGAAGAGGACAAGAAGAAAACCCACAGCUGUCCUGAGUGCAGACAACUCUUCCCAUCGAGGCCUGUCCUGGUGAUAAACGCCAUGUUAGCAGCUUUAGUAGAGCAGCUGAAGAAGAUUGGACUCCAAGCUGCUCCUGAUGAUCACUGCUAUGCUGGACCUGGAGAUGUGGCCUGUGAUGUCUGCACUGGAAGAAAACUUAAAGCCUUCAAGUCCUGUUUAGUCUGUCUGGCAUCUUACUGUAAGAAACACCUUGAACCUCACUAUAAGUCACCUACAUUUAAACAACACAAGCUGGUGACUCCCUCCAAGAAGCUCCAGGAGAACAUCUGCUCUCGUCAUGAUGAGGUGAUGAAGAUGUUCUGUCGUACUGAUCAGCAGAGUAUCUGUUAUCUCUGCUCUGUGGAUGAACAUAAAGGCCACGACACAGUCUCAGCUGCAGCAGAAAGGACUGAGAGGCAGAGAGAGGUGGAGGUGAGACGACAAAACAUCCAGCAGAUGAUCCAGGACAAAGAGAAAGAUGUGAAGUUGCUUCAACAGGAGCUGAAGGCCAUCGCUCACUCUGCAGAUAAAACAGUGAAGGACAGUCGGGAGAUGUUCACUGAGUUGAUCCAUCUCCUCCAGAAAAGAAGCUCUGAUGUGGAGCAGCAGGUCAGAUCCCAGCAGGAAACUGAAGAGAGUCGAGUCAAAGAGGUUCAGGAGAAGCUGGAGCAGGAGAUCACUGAGCUGAAGAGGGAAGACACUGAGCUGAAGCAGCUCUCAGACACAGAGGAUCACAACCAGUUUCUACACAACUACCCCUCACCAUCAUCACUCAGUCAAUCUACACACUCAUCCAGCAUCAAUAUCUGUCCUCUGAGGAACUUUGAUGACGUGAAAACAGCUGUGACAGAGCUCAGAAAGAAACUAGAGGACAUUCUGAGAGAGAAGAGGCCAAACAUCUCAGUGUCAGUGACUGAAGUGGAUGUUUUACUGCCACAACCAGAGCCAAAGACCAGAGAUGAAUUCUUAAAGUACUCAUGUGAAAUCACACUGGAUCCAAACACAGCAAACAGACGUCUGGUACUGACUGAGGGAAACAGAAAAGCAACAUUUGUUUUUGAACAACAAUCUUACUCUGACCAUCCAGACAGAUUCACUGACCGUCUUCAGGUCCUGAGUAGAGAGAGUCUGACUGGACGUUGUUACUGGGAGGUGGAGUGGAGUGGAAGAGUUGGUGUAGCAGUCACAUACAAGAAUAUCAGCAGAGCAGGGAAUGAAAGUGGAUUUGGACGUAAUGACAAAUCUUGGACAUUAGAUGGUUCCACAGACAGUUCUAUAUUUUGGUACAACAAGAUCCAAACUCCCGUCUGUGCUCGUCCUUCCUCCAGAGUAGGAGUGUACCUGGAUCACAGAGCAGGUAUUCUGUCUUUCUACAAUGUCUCUGAAACCAUGACUCUCCUCCACAGAGUCAAGACCACAUUUACUCAGCCGCUCUAUGCUGGAAUCUGGAUUUAUUGGGGAUCAAGUGCUGAGUUCAUUAAAGUGAACAAUGAGUUCAUGUUGAUGAUAGACAUGAGUUGCCAGUCACUGACACUGAGAGCAGAGAUGGCACAGAAACGAGUUGAACUGGAUCGAGAAAACUUUUGUUGUUCCGUCUGUCUGGAUCUACUGAAGGAUCCGGUGACUAUUCCCUGUGGACACAACUACUGCAUGAACUGUAUUAAAAGCCACUUUGAUGAGGAGGACAAGAAGAAAAUCCACAGCUGUCCUGAAUGCAGACAACUCUUCCCAUCAAGGCCUGUCCUGGUGAAAAACACCAUGUUAGCAGAGUUAGUGGAGCAGCUGAAGAAGACUGGACUCCAAGCUGCUCCUGCUGAUCACUGCUAUGCUGGACCUGAAGAUGUGGCCUGUGAUUUCUGCACUGGAAGAAAACUGAAAGCCUUCAAAUCCUGUUUAAUCUGUCUGGCAUCUUACUGUGAGAAACACCUUCAGCCUCAUUAUGAUGUAGCUCCUUUAAAGAAACACAAGCUGGUAGAUCCCUCCAAGAAGCUCCAGGACAAUAUCUGCUCUCGUCAUGAUGAGGUGAUGAAGAUGUUCUGUCGUACUGAUCAGCAGAGUAUUUGUUAUCUCUGCUCUGUGGAUGAACAUAAAGGCCACGACACAGUCUCAGCUGCAGCAGAAAGGACUGAGAGGCAGAGAGAGGUGGAGGUGAGACGACAAAACAUCCAGCAGAUGAUCCAGGACAAAGAGAAAGAUGUGAAGCUGCUUCAACAGGAGCUGAAGGCCAUCGCUCACUCUGUUGAUAAAACAGUGAAGGACAGUCAGGAGAUGUUCACUGAAAUGAUCCGUCUCCUCCAGGAAAGAAGCUCUGAUGUGGAGCAGCAGGUCAGAUCCCAGCAGGAAACUGAAGAGAGUCGAGUCAAAGAGGUUCAGGAGAAGCUGGAGCAGGAGAUCACUGAGCUGAAGAGGGAAGACGCUGAGAUGAAGCAGCUCUCAGACACAGAGGAUCACAACCAGUUUCUACACAACUUCCCCUCACCAUCACCACUCAGUCAAUCUACACACUCAUCCAGCAUCAAUAUCUGUCCUCUGAGGAACUUUGAUGACGUGAAAACAGCUGUGACAGAGCUCAGAAAGAAACUAGAGGACAUUCUGAGAGAGACAAGGAGAAACAUCUCAGUGACACUGACUGAAGUGGAUGUUUUACUGCCACAACCAGAGCCAAAGACCAGAGAUGAAUUCUUAAGUUAUUCAUGUGAAAUCACACUGGAUCCAAACACAAUACACAAACGUCUGGUACUGACUGGGGGAAACAGAAAAUUAACAUUUAAGCGUCAACAACAGUCUUAUCCUGAUCAUCCAAACAGAUUCUCUGAUUGUUAUCAGGUCCUGAGUAGACAGAGUCUGACUGGACGUUGUUACUGGGAGGUGGAGUGGAGAGGAUUAGGAGCUGGCGUAACAGUCACAUACAAGAAUAUCAGAAGAGCAGGGAAAGAAAGUAGAUUUGGACGCAAUGACAAAUCUUGGUCAUUAGAUUGUUCCACAGACCGUUCUAUAUUUUGGUACAACAACAUCCAAACUUCUGUCUCAGCUCCUCCUUCCUCCAGAGUAGGAGUGUACCUGGAUCACAGAGCAGGUAUUCUGUCCUUCUACAGCGUCUCUGAAACCAUGACUCUCCUCCACAGAGUCCAGACCACAUUCACUCAGCCACUCUAUGCUGGACUCAGGAUUUAUUAUUGGUUUGAUGGAUGCAGUGCUGAGUUGAUUAAAAUGAAGUAGACAGAGGAGUGGAGCUCUUUCCUGAGUCUGUUUAGCCAUGGAGGAUAUCACUGCUCAUAAUAACUUUUAUUUCCAUGACAAUCUAAACUUGCCUGAGCUCUAAAUGUCUGAUGAAUAUUUGUAUUGAUGUAUUUGUGUUGUUUUCAUUGAUCAGUUUGGACAGAAAGAAAUCUAUGAUUAUAAUAAUGUGUUUGGUUGUUGUUGCAGUAGAGAUUUGUACAAAUUCAGUUUCAUAAAACUGAAUCUGGAUCAUUAUGGUCACUAUUGAUCAGAUUAAUAGUUUUUUAUCUUUCCCAUAACUGAGAUUGUUGGUGAAGCAGAUUGAUUGCGCCGAUUUUUAACCAGUUUAAUGUGUGAACAAACUGAAGGUUUAAAUAAUGAACAAAGAGUUUUCACCAGGAGGAAUUAAAAUAUUGACUUCAUUGUCUUCAUUUCAGGAUCUCACUAGAAUCUGAUGGAGAAAAUACAAAUUAAUGAGAGUAUAAUUGAGACACUGUCUUCUUCCUGAAACAUGUAUAGAGUGUAUGUUGUAUAAAUAUCAGAUCAAACAGACAUCCAAAUGGUGCUUCUCAGCAAACAAGCUCGUAUCAUUAUUCUAUAAAGCACAUUUGCUGCAAAGCUUUUUUCUUUUCUUGUCCCAUUUAAAAUGUGUCUGAAAGGUCUUUACUUCAGCUGAAAUCAUUCUCCUGGUGUUCUACGGGUGAAGGAAUAAGUCCUUUCCUCCUCUGAGCUGAUCGUUGUGAUCAGAUUGAAGUUCAUCUGCAGCAACUUGUUUUGCUGACGUUCAAACUGCAUAAGACAAAAUCAGAGUUAAAUGUUUAAAUAAAAAGCAGGUUUCAAGUCAAUCCUGAAGUUAAAGGUUGAAAUCUGAAGAAUACUUAAAAAUAUGCAGAACAGUUACCACAUCUGAGAUGCAGGCAAAUACCUUUUACUAUUAAAUAAUGAAAUAAGUAAAAACAGCAGGAUUUAACCUGGUCUUCACUGUCAGUGAAGAAAUAAACUUUGAUUGGCAGGGCACCUCCUCCUCCUGGAAUGAAUGUGAUAAUUCACAUACUUCCUGGUUCCCUCCCCUUUAGAUCUGCACAACAUGUGAUGAAGUGUAAGAGCUAUCUCCCUCUAUUUCUUCUGUCUGGCAUCUUACUGUGAGAAACACUACACCUACAUUUAAACAACACAAGCUGGUUGCUGUUGCUACACAAGUAGGUCACACCAGAUAAUGAAGAAAAGAGUUCACUUACUUUUGCAACUAGCAGAUAUGAACAAAUUAUUUUUCUUGAAAAAAUAAAUGUUGAUAUUUGUGUUUCAUUUGC